AAAAUGAAGAAUCAGAAUAAAAAAGUUUUUUAAAAAUUGAAGUUAUUUUUCAUGAAUAAAACUUUACUAAAAAACGAGGAAAUGAUAAAAAGUGAUUUGUAUCAAAAAAAAGAGAGCGAAAUAAAGAACCAAAAGUUAAAUGCUGUUACUUGGCACUUAGAUAAAGAAACUAAUUCAAAAUAUUAUAUAAACGAAAGAAAAGAAAACUCUGAAGAUGUUGAAAAAUCAAAAGUAAAGAAAAGGAAAAAAAAAAAAGAAAGAAAAAGUAAACUCAAAGAGAAAGGGGAGUCAGAUGAAAUAAAUGAGUUAAAAGUUUCAGUUUCACAAGUCAGAAAACUUUCAUUCAGCCAAGCAAAUAGUGAUUCUACCAUUAAAUUGCCAGAAAAACAGUCUCAUGAAAAUGAAAAAAAUAUAGAAGGAAAUAAUACAGCAAGAAAGUUGAGUAAAGUCAAUGAGCUGAAUUUUUCUACUUCACAAAAAAAACUUUCAUUAGUUAAAACACAGAGUGACUCAAAUAUUGAGUUAAUUAACUUACAAAACCAAUUUUACAAUGAACAUACUUACAGACAAACGAAACCAGAGAUCAUUGAAAAUGUAAAAGAGGGAUACUCAAAAAGGUCUCAAGUUGAACAUGAUAAGCCAUUAAAUGAAGAUAAAGAACCAAAUUUAAGAUUGUCAAAUGAGUCAUUAAAUAAUAAAUUUGAAAAUUCAAUCUUUCGUAUCGAAAAACUCAGUAUCAACAAUGAAGAAAAGUUUGAUGAAAGUGACGAAGAAAUUAAACGGGCUAUGUCCAGUACAGCAAAUACAAAUCCACCAUCAAAUCGAAGAAAAAGUACUGAUAGAAAAGCUGACAGUACAAUUUCAAAAAGAGAGAUGAGUGUGAUUAAUCGAAGUGACUUUAUGCGUUUUUUUGAAUCUAAUUCUCGAAACAUAUUUCAGUUAGAUAAAGACAGACUAUCAGGAGACCAUAGUGAUUUUAAUUUUGAUAAUGAAUCAAAUAAUCUCAACAAUAUCACAGCUCGUUCUUUGGAUAACAAGAAUGAGUUUAAUUUUGCAGCAUUUGAAAUGCCCUCUAUUACAAAUGAAAAAAUUGAACGAAAAUCUUCUAUUACAAAUGAAAAAGUUAAUGAAAAUCUUCUUGAUGUUGAGAGUAACGAAAAUGACAGAAAUAGUCCUAAAGAAUCAGAUAAAGAAUGUAAUGAUAACAUUAGUUUAACUGGAGAUGAAAAAAUACAGGAGCCACCAGAAAUACAAGAGCCACCACCAAAGCCAAAGUGGCAUCCUCCGUGGCAAUUAAGCCAAGAAAUUAUAGCACACACUGAUGCUAUACCUGUAUUGCAAAUUGACCCGUCAAAUAGAUGGUUUGCAACAGGUUCAUCAGAUAAAACAGUCAGGAUAUGGGAUAUUAAUGAUGGUGGACAAAAACUUGUUAUAAAUGCUCACAAACAAAGUAUCCGUGCUAUGACUUUUGGUUUGGCAGGUCAUAGACAACUUUUUACAACAGCUGAUGAUCGACAACUAUUGUGUCAUGAUAUUGAAGUUAAUCGGAUUGUGUCGCAAUAUAAAGGUCAAUCAGCUGUCAUUUAUGCAAUGUGCACAUACCAGCCAUCUCAAUUACUAAUAACAGCUGCACGCGAUAAAGUCCUGAAAAUAUAUGAUACUCGAUCAACAAAGUGCAUCAAAACUCUACGUGGGCAUCAAAAUACAGUAUCAUGUGUAAUAGUAAACGAACAAACAAAGCAGAUUAUUAGUGGAAGUCAUGAUGGCACGCUCAGGCUAUGGGAUGUUGGCGAAGGAAAAUGUACUGGAUUGCUUCAAGGUCAUUCAAAAAGUGUAAGAGGAGUUACAACACACCCAGACGGAGACAAAAUUGUGUCUGCAUCAACUGAACGCAUUCUUGCAUGGAAUCUACCAUCGGGUGAGUGUUUUCAAGAAAUCAUUGCGGAAAACAUCGCAAUUAAUUCCGUAACUAUAAAUCAUUUAGGAGUGACUGUUGCUGGAGGAUCCAACGGUGUUAUUAAUAUAUGGGACUUUAAAUCGGGACAUAUGUUUCAAAAGAUUAACCGUACCAAAGUAUAUGAAUCGCAAGAAAUUCCUAUCUGUGUGUUCACCACAAAAUUUGAUCACACGGGAACCAAACUAAUAUGCUCGGACGCAUGCAAUGUUGUCAAAAUUUACAAAGAGGCGUAUACUAAGGUUAGCAGACGUUAUCAUUUCAGACAAGCCAGUGAAUUCACAGACACUCAUGCACAAAGAGCUCAAUCAAACACUUUUUUAUAAUUUUAUUUUUUAGAAAACAAAUUAUUUA